CAGUUGGUGUUUAGUGUGACAGACGUUGUUGAAAGAACUGACUGUAAUAAAACUGUCAUUUUACCUUGCAAUGUGACGAAUCUAAAGGAGAACAAUGCAAGUGCCAUGUUUGUUACAUGGAAAAAUAAAGGAAAAAUAAUUUUUUCUUUUGAUGGAACAAGACAGGAGUUUUUCAGAGAUGAAACAGUUCCAUCAGCUAACUUCGUCUCUCAGGCGGAUUUAUCCAAGGGUAUUGCCUCUCUCAGGCUUAACAGUGCAGAAGCAGAUGCUGGAAAUUACAGCUGUGAAGUAACAGAAUCAAAUAGAGAAGGAGAAACAAGAGUUGAACUUAGAAACCAGUCAGUUGUCAGUUGCGGCGAGGAAAAUGCCCCAACACCAAAGGAAAAAUGUGGAUCAUGGUUUCUUCUAGUGGAAAGGGCCAUCAUCAUAGCAUUGCUGUUCUUAGUUAUUAUUUUGUGUUCGGCUCAGUUAAGUGUUAUUGCAUUAAAAUGUGAAACUGUACCUCAGAAGAAAAUGAGCAUUAUUGUAGCAGGUAUCAUCUUCACAGUUGCUGCUGUUGUAGGCACUGUUCUUUUUGUCCAAGAUGGCUAUACUGCACAGAAUCAAGCUGGUCUUGGCCUAAUUGUAGUCCCUGCUGUGAUUUUGGUACCGCUUCAAUACUUUAUGUUUGGAAUUGUUUUCGAUAGUCUACCACAAACAACAUUUGCUCUGAUAGGUUUGCAAACUCUUGGUUAUAUAACUGCUGUGGUUGGUUUUGCACUGUGUGUCUCAG